CCUACUGGGCGGUGAUCGCAUCGCGCAGCCCACCACUUCCCCCUCCUCCCCGUUACUAGUUUACUGUAUCGCGAGACGAAGCAGAGCAGGCGAAGCAAGCGAGCGAAAGCCACGACCGCCGCGAAAGCGAAAGCCAGAGGGGGAGCAGAUGAGGCGAGACCGCUAGACCAAAGCAAAGCCGUCCGCGAGCUAGCGAGAGAGGCAGAGCGAGGGCGUGCAGAAGGCGAUGGCGAGGCAGGGCGGCGUCGGCGGCGAGAUCAGGGCGGCUUCCUCGGGCAACGGCGGCAUUGCCGGGGCGUCGGCGGGGACGGCGACGGCGACUCCGGCGGCGAGCCCCUACCAGGUGGCCGUUGAAAUAGAAGAGCAAAUUUACUCCCCAGCAUUUGGUGACAUUGCGGUCCAGGAUAGUCGUGGUUGUUGCAGUGGUUUCACAGCCAGUGUAACAAAAGUGCUGUUCAUCUUACAUCUACUUGCUUUCAUUGCCCUCACAAUCUUCCUUGGCGUACAGGCCUCUUCCCACCAGAACCCUGCCUACAAGCCCUUCUCCAACUUCAUCCCUCUUGUAUCCUCUGUCAUAGUAUCCACGAUUGUUGCCUGCUUCUGGCUUAUCCUUGCUGUCACUAACUCUCCAAAAGCCAUCAAGACAUCUCUCUGGGCAGCACCUGUUUUUGCACUCGCCUGUGAUGUAGUCAUACUCCUUGUCGGUAAUGGUGCUGCACUUGGUAUUGGAGUGCUCAUAGUUGUAUUCGCCAUUGCAUCAGCGUUAUACAGUUGUUGGGCCACUGGUCCACGUCUUCAGCAUGCCUCCACAGUGCUUUCCACCUCUGUCAAUGGAGCCCAUUUGCCGCCUACUGCUCCUUGCCUUGUUUUCUUUGUCCUUCUUGCAGCAUUUGGAUAUAUGGCCUUCUGGACAGUUGCCAUGAGCUGCAUUGCUGCUGCAGAAGGGCACUUCAUGAACUUACAGAUGGCUUAUGUGGCUGCACUCCUGGUGAGCAUGGCAUGGACCAUGCAAGUACUGCGCUACUUUGUCUAUGUGGCCGUGGCGAAACUGGCACACGCACGGCUUGUCUAUGGAAUCCGUGUGCCAGGUGGCACUGUUGAAGCAUUCUGUAGCACGAUAAUGGGACCAACCUUUGGGGACAUAUGCAUGGGCGCAAUGGCUGUCCCGGUGAACUCAGCAGUACGGGGAUUGGCUCGAGCAAUGAAGACUGCAACUGGGGGCAAUGACGAGUUUAUUUUCUCAGGCCAGGGCUGCUGCCUGGCUGUAUCAGAGAAAAUGAUGGGGCGUGCCAACCGCUGGGGUUUUGUGCAUGUGGCAGCGCAUGGGAAGGCAUUCUGUGUGGCGUCGCGGGAUGUGUGGGCCCUUUUUGUUCUUCGUGGGAUAGCAAAGCUUGUUGAUUCAGACCUCACUGGUUCGUUCUGCUUCCUUUCCUCUGUGACAGCAGGCGCUGUGGCCUCACUGGUUGCUGGCUCAUGGGCACUAGCCAUGGAUAAGGAUCAGAAGGAGCUAGCUCUUCCCAUAUCUAUCUAUGCGUUCCUAAUUGGUUAUUACAUGUGCCGGAUGUUGAUCGCCUGGCCGCAGGCAUGCGUGGCUGCUUACCAUGUUGCAUAUGCAGAGAACCCACAGAACCCUCAACUGGGCACAGUGAUUCCAGACCACCUGCGCGAGCUCCAAGCACUAGCUGCAGAUUGAUCUCUUGAGGAUAUCCCCCAUCGUUAUCGUCCCAGAAAUAUAGAUUCUCCUGAUCACAUUGACUAUUCAUAGAUUCUUCGAUUACCUAGCCAUUUUCCCCCUGAUCCACCAAGGCAACAUUCAUUCAGAGAGGAGGUUGCGUGCAGAUGGUUCUUCAGGAGUCAGGACUGCCACUUUUCUGCUGAUGAUUUCCGUGUACCUAGUUGUGUAGAUAUUUGGCAAGUAACCGUGAAGUGAUCAGACGAUCAGAGAUUCCAGCAGAUAGCUGUACAGAUAGUUUAGCACAGCAAACAAACAUGUAGAAUUGGAUACAUUCUUUUCUCCUGAAUGAAUUCUUGCCCUGCCACUGAGAGGUGAGAGAUGCAGCCUGGACUGGAGCUGUUGUGAACUUGUGCGAUACUUCUGCUGUACUGGUAGCACAUUUGCUUAUGUAUCGGAUGGUGUAUAGCUGGAAGGAAGAUUCCAAAUC